AUGGCAAUGGGGAUCCAGGGCCACUCCGAGCUACUCGCAGCACGCUACCUGCCUCUGAUGAUGGACGGCGUCAAUCGCCACUGGUUCAACACCCUCACCGUCAACAGCAUUGACUCCUGGGAAGAAGCUCGCGCCGCAUUCAUCCAGCACUUCGCCAGCUACGCAAGCCAGUCGCACAUGCCUGGGUCGGCAUUAAAGACCAUUCCCCUCACCUGGCCCUUCGCCGUCUGGGGCAUGGACAUGGUGGGGAAAUUCAAAACGGCCCCCGGCGGAUAUACUCACCUGCUGGUUGCGGUGGACAAGUUCACCAAGUGGGUAGAAGCAAAGCCCAUAAAGAAGUGCGACGGGAAGACAGCCACAAAGUUCUUACGCGAGCUUAUCUAUCGAUAUGGCUACCCUCACAGCAUCAUAACCGACAAUGGCACCAACUUCGCCAAAGGGGAGAUGGCUGACUUCUGUGAAGAGAAGGGCAUCCGACUCGACCUCGCUUCAGUCGCCCACCCCGAGUCAAACGGCCAAGCAGAAAGAGCAAACCAGAGCAUCCUUCACGGACUCAAACCGCGCCUGGUCGUGCCCCUGGAGCGCGCAGCCGGUUGCUGGGCAGAAGAGCUCUCUUCAGUACUAUGGGGCAUCCGCACAACGCCAAACAGGUCAACCGGCUUCACGCCUUUCUUCCUGGUGUAUGGCGCCGAAGCCGUUAUGCCUACGGACAUCGCCUACGACUCGCCUCGGGUCACCAACUACGCCGAAGAAGACAGCGAGCGAGCUCGCCAAGAUGACGUCGACCUCCUCGACGAGGCCAGAGACCUCGCACUCUCCAGAACUGCCAUCUACCAGCAGGACCUCCGUCGCUACCACAGUCGCCGUGUUCGGAGUCGCUCCUUCCAAGUCGGCGACCUGGUACUCCGGCUAAUCCAGGACAAGAAAGGCAUGCACAAGCUG